AUGCCGACGCGGCCCCGGGGGCCGCACGCACACCUCCCCUUCCUCCCCCCAUCAACGUGGCUGACGAAUUCUUCGACUGCUCUCGACUUGAGCACGCCUUCGACACCCAGGAUCAGGUCGACGUCUCUCGUGACGACCCAAAGAGCAGCGAAGACAGACCUCCCUUCUUCAUCUGUGAUCGGCAACCGUGCCCUAAUCGCACUCCACGAUCCAUCACUGUUGACGAAGGACACUUCGUACCAAUCCGACGGGUCCAACAUCCCCGCGGCCCUGCACUCCGGUACGCUGGCACCUCGAGAUUUACAUCUCGCCACGUCACUCCCGUCCCAUCCCGACCUGCCUCGCCAGGCACCCGCAUCCCCCAACCUGUCGCCAGUACAGCCUUCAGCGACCCCUCAAGCGAUCCCCCAGCCCUCCUUGGGGCCGCGGCUGGAAAGGCCUCCCAAAACCGAGCCCCGCGACACUCCGCCGCAUUCUUGGGCCAGCUCGUCGUCAGCGAUCACCGCCUCGACUUCAGUCCCUGUCCUACGUCACCCCGCCUCCGGGCUUCCUCAACCGGCUUCACCGCCGUCGCCGCCGCGAGGCCGCUCAAGCACUCGUUCCUCGAGAAGUUCGCCCGGCGGACAGUCACAACAGUCGCCUCCGUCCGCGGGCAGUCCUUCGUCCCCCUCGUCGCCGAUAAUGUCCUCUCCCGCUGCAGUCCCUGAUAAGGAGACAUUGAAGCUCCUCCUCCCGCUCCGAUACGAUGGAAAGUCGGUGAUCGAAUGCAACCGCUUCAUCUCGCAGUUGCUCAUCUACUGGACGAUCAACACGGCCCUCUCUUCCCUCGAGCUGAAGAUCCAGGUUGCCCUCAGUCUCCUCGAUGGAGACGCGCGAGCUUGGGCCACCCCCAUCUUCUCCCAGCUUGCCUCCGUCCAAAUCGGGAUCCAGGGAGCGACAACCCCCUUCGUCGACGAAAAAGCCUUCCUUCAGGCAUUCAAGGCCUGA